CGCACACGCGCUGCUCCCCCACAGCGCUAAGAAGCCAACGCAUUGAAAAACAAUUGUAGAAAUCGAGUCGAAAAAGUAUCUGUCAGAUACACGCAACGACGCGCAGUGUGCUCCAACUUCAGGAAUAAAGUAAACAAACAAAAAUAGAAGAAAAAAAACGCGCCAAGUGCAAAAUGUUGUAAAUUCAUAUAUGCAUAAAAUGAGAAAUUAACAAAAAAUAUUCUAAAGAAUAAUUAAGAAACUAGCCAGCCCAAUGGCCGCUACACGUGUGUGCUUAACAAAUAUCUAACCGAUCCAAGAUCCGAAACACUCUAAGCAAACCCCACAGAACCCAACCAAAAUCAAUCAAUCGAAGAAAACACUUGUGAAAGCCAUUGAACAAAGAAAGUGUCGUACGCAACAAAAAAAGCAUUCCAAUGUUGUCCUGUUUGGCGCCAUCGUCUACACGUUUUGGCCAAGAGGAUAACAUUAUACAGCAGAGCAUGCCAUCAUCCACAGCCUUCUCCAUGCAGUUUUCCUCUUUGGCCUCCAAUUUGCAUCAUCACCAAGCGCACAGCAAGCCCAACAAUGUGGCUGCCAAUCCGGAGAUCGCGGCCAGCGCCACAGCCAAUGCAGCCGAAGACUGUUUGGUCAAGUGCACGCAGUGCCACAAGCGCUUCAAUGAGUUUCAGUCGUUUAGCGAGCACAUUGCCAACGAGCAUCCGCACGACAAGCUCAACUAUGAGCCGCAUCGUGUCGCUGCUGAGGCUGCGCAGCCGGAGAGCGAGGCGGAGGAGGAUGAGCAGAGCAAUUUGAGCAGCAGCAGUCGCCGCUAUGCCAAGUCCCCAAACAGCAACAACAACAACAACAACAGCGAGUUGGCCAAGAAUCAAAACAACAACAACAACAAUAACAGCCACAGUGGCAGCAGCAGCCACAGAAGCCAGCACUCGCCUCUGUGCUCCCCGGUUGCUACCACGCCCAGCGAUUUGUUUGCCCACCUGCCGCAUCCGCCGCCACAGCUGCCCGCCCAUUUGCAUGCACAGUUCAUGGCCGCCGCUGCCCUGGCCAUGCAGUCCGCACGCUCCGCCAGCUCGCCCAGCCACCAACAGCAGCAGCACCAGCAGCAACAGCAGCAACAGCAGCAACAACAGCAGCAGCCGCAGCUGCAACAGGCUUUGCUGUUGCCACCGCCACAACCCGGCAGCAACAGCAGCGUCGGCAGCAAUUCCGCUUAUGAUUUGGACUUGAGUGCUCCCCGUUCCACCUCCAGCCCGGGUUCCACAACGGGCGAUCUCAGCGCCGCCUUUCCCUGCAUGCAAUGCACUGCGGCCUUCGCCAGCCGCGAGCAGCUCGAACAACAUCAGCUGCUGCACUCACCCCCGGGCCCGCAAACCACGCAGAACGUGACUCAGACCUGUAAAAUAUGCCACAAGGCCUUUGCGAACGUUUAUCGCCUGCAGCGUCACAUGAUCAGCCACGACGAGUCGGCUUUGCUGCGCAAAUUCAAAUGCCUUCAGUGCGACAAGGCCUUCAAGUUCAAGCAUCAUCUGAAGGAGCAUGUGCGGAUCCAUUCCGGCGAGAAGCCUUUUGGCUGCGACAACUGCGGCAAGCGCUUCUCCCACUCGGGCAGCUUCUCCUCCCACAUGACCUCCAAGAAGUGCAUCAGCAUGGGCCUCAAGCUCAACAACAAUCGCCAAAUGCUCAAGACUCUGGACAAAAAUGCCAGCGCUGGACGCUCCCCAACAGAUCAACAGCAGCAGCAGCAGCAACAGCAGCUGGCGGGCAAACGUUCCUGCAAGCUGCCGGAGCCGGUGCUGCCCAAUCCGAUGAAUUACUUUGCUGGCGAUGCCCAAGCCGCACCGACAGCUGCCAAUGCUCCCGCGCCCUUUUAUCCAAACUAUAGCGCAAUGAAUGCGGCUUUGCUGGCAUUUCCCAAUGCUUUUAUGGCCGCAGCGCUGGAUCCGCGCAUGCAUCCCUACAGCAUACAGCGACUGCUGGAGCUGACGGCUGCCGGUCAGCAGCAGCGGGAGGAGCAGCAGGAGCGCCUGGAGCAGGAGCAUAGAGAGGAGCAGCCGCUCUAUGAGCCCAGCAAGGAUGAUGAUGAGACGCCCGAUGAGCCCAAGCUGGUUAUGGAUCUAGAGGAGUCGGAGCCCAAGCCAGCGGCCACGGCCGAGCUGCCCGCCGCAGAACCACUCGAAGAUGCCGCCGCCGUCAAGCAGGAGCCCAGCCGCGAGCCGACGCCACCAGACACACCCAAGUCCAUAAAACUAGAGCAGGAAGAGCUGGAGGCAGCGCCCGUGGAGCAAACGCUUGCGCAGACACCCCAAGAUUUGCGCUGCAGUCGCUGCGCCAAGCAAUUCAAUCAUCCCACAGAGCUGGUGCAGCACGAGAAGGUGCUGUGCGGCCUCAUUAAGGAGGAGCUGGAGCAGCACUUCCAGCAACAACAACAACAGCAACAUCAGCAGCAGCAGCAGCAGCAACAGUCGAGCUUUGCAUUGCUACCCUCGGCAAGUGAUGCGGACGAGGAUGACGAGGAGGAGGAGGAGCCACGUCAGGAUUACCAUGCCGGUAGCAGCGACAGCGGCGAGCGCAAGGUGCGCGUGCGCACCGCCAUCAACGAGGAGCAGCAGCAGCAGCUGAAACAGCAUUACGCCCACAAUGCGCGACCCAGUCGGGAUGAGUUUCGGCUGAUAGCCGCCCGUCUGCAGCUGGAUGCGCGCGUCGUCCAGGUCUGGUUCCAGAACAAUCGCUCACGUGAGCGCAAGCUGCAGAGCUAUGCCAGCAGCGGAGAGCCCACGGCUGCCGCUCCAGCAUUGCCACAGCCGCGUGCUGGCGAGGAUCAGCCGCUGGAUUUGUCCGUUAAGCGCGAUGCCUCCCCCCUGUAUGGCCUGCCCCCUCAGCCGACAGCUGCACAGCCCGCGCCCGCUGACUUUCAGGAGACCAUGGCCAUUAAUUUGAGCCGCAAACUUUCCAGCUCGGCCUCCAUGUCGCCGGCAUCGCUGUCGCCCUGCUCGGGCGCCUCCUCGCUGCAGCAAUCGGCCGCAGCUGCUGCUGCCGCUGCAGCGCUUUAUUUUGCGCCCCCCUCGCCACCCGGCAUGCACGAGUCAGGGCAUACGUUGCCAACGCACAGCGCAGCGCCGCGUGGUCAGGCGUUUCCCGGCCUGCCGCCGUACAUGCUGCCGCGGCUGCCCAUGGAAGCGCUCUUCCAGAUGCGACCCGGCGGCGACUAUGCGCCCAAUCCGCUCAUGAACAGUAUUAAGAUGCCCGACUAUCGCGGCACCAGCCUCAGUCCCGGCGGCUCCGAAAAGCGUUCGUGGCGCGACGAUGAUUCGCGCAUCUCGCACGAGGACGACUAUGUGCUGGCGGGCGGCGGUCUGUUGCCGCCCAAACCGAAGCGCGCCAAGGCCGAGACGCACGGGCAUGCCGGUGAUCCGGAUCUGCCCUUUGUUUGCGAUCAGUGCGACAAGGCGUUCGCCAAGCAGAGCUCCCUGGCGCGUCACAAGUACGAGCAUUCCGGUCAGCGACCCUACCAGUGCGUGGACUGCCCCAAGGCCUUCAAGCACAAGCAUCAUUUGACGGAGCACAAGCGUCUGCAUUCCGGCGAGAAGCCGUUCCAGUGCUCUAAAUGCCUGAAACGAUUCUCCCACUCGGGCAGCUAUAGCCAGCACAUGAACCACCGUUACUCCUACUGCAAGCCCUACAGGGAAUAGGUAAGCGACACCUCAGUGCCGCCCACCUGCGUCACAGCUGCCAAUGCCGCUGCCACGGGGACAGCGCGUGCGCGCCGAGGCCCCGCCGCCCACUCGGCCAGGAUGAGCAACAACAACAACAACAACCAUCUGCAGCACCAUCCGCACAACAGCAGCUAUCCGCAUCAGCUGGCCGCCAUGGCGGCAUUCCAACAACAUCAGCAGCAGCAGCAGCAACAACAACAACAUCACCACCACCAGCAGCAGCAGCAGCAGCAGCAGCAGCGACUGCAGCAACGUCUGCCCUGUCAGCCACUUGGCUGGCCACCGUCCGUGCCUGGCGCUGGCGUCAUGUUGCCGCCACCGCCCAGCAACAAUAUGCAGCAGCGCAGCGCAGUGCCGCCGCAAGCAGCUACACCAACAGCACCACCGCUGCUUUCCGGGCCGACAACAACUGGUGUGUACGGCCAAGGGCCGCCAACACAGCCGCCGCCCUCCUUCUUUGCCAGUCCGCUGCACCAUGCAGCGUUAAUGGCGCCACCGCACCCGCUGCCCAAUGAGCGCUUCGCGGCGCCACUAACGACGCCCACGGGCGUACCGUCCCACGGCGGGCAUGCGUUCAGUUUCUUCAAUGCGAAAAUGUUGCUGAACUGAGCACAAAUAACAGCAGCAGCAGCAACAUUAACAGCAGCCGCAUGCGAGCCAACAUAACAUAA